AUGAGGUCCAAAAAUGUGCGCAGCAUCGGGGCCAUACUGGUUUUGGAAUAUCAGGCACGGUUUGGGAAUCCAAUUGAUGAAGCCGAGAUCCACGCACACGCACCUACGGCUUGGAUUGUAGAGAGCCUCCCUGCAUCGCACAUGUACCUUAGGCCGAGUAAGCUGCUGGGGAAUCACGAGUAUCCACAGUUCGGUCUAAAGAAACACGGUCCCAGUCAUUUCAAUUCCCUACUGGCUAACAUUCCGUCCAAUCAUACGUCUGACUUUAUCUGA